UGGGAUUGAAAUAGUCUGGCUGGGUGUAAUAAUGCUGGCUAAACAAGUGUAUGGGAGAGGUAACGCCGGGUAGAGUCAUGGCGUUGUAGCCGGCGUUGACGUGUCCAGUCACGUCAUUCAUUGCGGGUGUCCUCUCUCCCUCUUUGCUGCGAUGUGAUUCCGAAGAAGGAACUCAGGCUUCCAGUUGCUGUUCCCCGUUGCCUUCUUCACCUUCUCAAUCCCAACGCCAUCGCUCGGGGACUCCUCCUCUCGCCGUAGAAUUGCGCCCCGUCGCUGUGGAGAUCAUUUUCUUGCUUAGGGCGGAGGAGAAUCCGAGCACCUGAUUACUGGUUCACAAGUUUUUUUUUUUUUUUUUUUUUUUUUUUUUGAGGUAGUAAUGGUAUUGGUAGAGCAGGAGGAGUGAGAGAGCGAGGGGAAGGGGGAGACGGGGACAUUGGUGUAGUAGUGUGGAGUGUGAGGUGAGGGUUGAGGUUGCGGUGUUGCGUAAGAGUGUUGUGUCAUCGAUGGUGGUGACGGAUUGGAGCGUCAGACAGGUGUUGAGCCAAUUGUGAAUAGCGUUUUGUUUGAGGCCAGGCGACCUAGGAGAGUCAUUUUUUCUGUAGGUGCCAGGUUACUUGGGCUAAGUUUACUGUAAAGGGUUCAACUGCCGAGGCAACAGGAGACUGGUCGAAUUGAAUGUCCGUUCGCACGCCAAUGAUCUGGUGGAAUGAGCAUUAGUGCUUUCUUAGAAGUGAUGGCCUCUCUCACCAGGAUCUGAUAUUAUUUGGGAAAAGAACGGUUUGUAUGGUCAGCCGGCAGUAAUCAGAAGCAUCACCGGUCAUGCCGGACUACAUAGAUUGGGUGAAGACUAUUCGAGAUCGCGGCUUGAGCGAGUCUGGAGCCAUUUUGGGGACUAAUCGAUUCUCCAAAUUAGUAUUUUUAAAGAGAUCAUGUGGACGUCAGAUUGAGUGACUUUGAUUCAUCACCACAAUGCUGUGUGUUAUUAUAAGAUUUGGAAAACGAGCUACAAGAGCCAUGAGAGAAGAUCGAAUCGGAAAACCUCGUCAAUCAAGAUUCGCAGUUGAUAAAAAACAGGAAAGGCUUCCUGGAGGACCAGCGCUGAAGAAACUGGAAGUCCCACUUCACUUUUGAUAUCUUCUUUUCCGAAGGCCUAUAUUAGAUCUUCGUAUCAUUGCCUAUGGUCAACGCCCCAGACAGGUUUAGCAGGCUGAGUGGCUUUUCAAUGCUCAAAAGACAUAGAAAGAGGCUGAAGGACGCUGAUGUUUGGUAUUUCAACCCACUGUCCUCCGACAUGCACACUGCAUUACUGCUUGCAGAUGAUAGAACCUUUUGUUGGGGAUUUCUUGUUCCAAUUAACUGUAGAGACUUGAAGAGGGAUGAUUUGGUGUGCAAGGGACAAGGUGGCCUACGAUCAACACACAAAGCUGACAAAGCGCUAGAUCGACUGACGUCAGAUAUGCUAACCUGCGAAGGAAUAGAUCGAUGAAAGUGAUGGCGUGGGACCGACACCAAUGACACACCUGGUUAAACAAAAUUCUUGUAGAUUAAUUUUGUUUAGUUAUUCAACAACUAUGCCUUGGUGGCCUCCGCAAGUUUUGAUCGUAGGGUUAUGUACCCUCUGCUUCUUCGUUUGGCCUCUGGAGGUCUGCGGUGGGCGGCAGCCAUCACUCCCUGCUUCUCCAGAAUUGCUGGCACCAACACCAACACAUGUCUUCCACACAGACCCUGUUCCACACUCCGCGGCUGUCCCAGGACCUUAUACAUACAGCCAGAAUGUUCAAGCAGUCUCACCCUCGCUUGUGCUUUCGUCUCGCGUUCCUAAGCCUGCGCCAUCCCCGCUGAACCCACCUCCCAGUCCCAGUGUUAGUUCGCCAGUACUAUUCCCAACAUCAGCACCAACAGGUUUCCAGGAUGGGCCGGGACUGGCACCGCCGCCAUCAAAUUCCACUGCUCCUUCUCCCUCUCCCUCUGGUUGCUGUACUGUCAAUAUGAUUGCUAGACCUGGAUCAAAGGCUUUAGAUUGCGAGUGUGUAUAUCCAAUAAAGAUUGUUUUUGAGAUGGAGAACGCCUCUAGUGCUUUCACGAACUUGACGUCCCAAUUUCAACACGAGCUGGCCUCUCAACUUGGUCUUAUAGAUAUUCAAGUGCAGAUUCAGGCAUUCCAAUUCGGAAACAAUUUUUCUCUCAAUAUGGUCGUCAACAUUGGUCCUCUUGUAGGUUUAGCAUUUUCCCCUGAAAAGAUCGAAAGUACCAAUAAGACUCUUAGCUCGCGUUCGGUGAAAUUUAGCAGUAUCCUGUUCAGCAACUACACUGUCGUGAGUGUCACAGCAUUCCUGCCUUCCUUUCCGCCUACUGGUAGCUUUGUUCCUAUGAUAUCACCAACAUCAUCACCUCCUUCUCUGGAUGGAAAUCCAGCAGCUAAUGCAAAGUUACCUUCUUCUGGCUUUCGUUGGCGUCCAUGGAAAACAGGUGUAGUUGCAGGUGCUGGCACGCUUUUUCUAAUUUUGGUAUGUAUUACAUGGAGGAUAUUCCGCAGAAAGACAAACGUCAAGGAUCCUGAAUCUUCCAACAAAGCAGUAAGUGCAGUGCCGAAUCCCCCUGGGACUUCGUCAACAAGAAUGGUUACGACUCGUGUGAAGUCAUUCCCCAGGCCUUCAAAUACUAGAGUUUUUUCCUAUGAAGAACUGCAGGAGGCAACCAAGAACUUUUCGCUAGAGUGCUUCAUAGGAGCAGGAGGUUUUGGAAAAGUUUACAAAGGAGUUUUGAAGGAUGGUACAGAAGUGGCCAUAAAGAAGCUGACAAGUGGAGGAAACCAAGGGGACAAAGAGUUUAUGGUAGAGGUAGAGAUGCUAAGUCGACUACAUCAUCGGCACUUAGUGAAACUGCUGGGGUUUUAUUGUUCACUUGAACCUCUUCAACAACUGCUAUGUUAUGAGCUCAUACCGAACGGAAGCCUCGAAUCCUGGCUGCAUGGACCUCUAAGUUUAUCACGUGACCCGUUGGAUUGGAAUAUACGCAUGAAAAUUGCUUUGGGAGCAGCACGGGGGUUGGCUUACUUACAUGAAGACUCUCAACCUUGUGUAAUACACCGAGAUUUCAAGGCCUCUAAUAUUCUGCUGGAGAACAACUUCAGUCCGAAGGUGGCUGAUUUUGGGUUGGCUCGAUCUGCCCCAGAUGGUCAACAGGACUACGUAUCUACCCGCGUGAUGGGUACAUUUGGGUACGUGGCACCCGAAUAUGCUAUGACUGGGCACCUGCUGGUGAAAAGUGAUGUCUACAGUUUUGGGGUUGUAAUGUUGGAGUUAUUGUCAGGCAGGAAGCCAGUCGAUUAUAGCCGGCCUCCGGGGGAAGAAAACAUAGUGGCUUGGGCUCGACCAUUAAUUGAAAAGAGAAACAAACUUCACGAGUUAGCGGAUCCUCGAAUGGGAGGCAAUUACCCUCCCGAAGAUUUUGCACGUGUUGCUAUAAUAGCUGGUACUUGUGUAGCUCCUGAAUGGAGCGAUAGGCCAACAAUGGGAGAAGUAGUUCAGCAACUGAAGGCAAUCACUGGCAGUCAUGUUUAUACAUUCAGUCGUGAUGCCGACAGAAGUAUGAGCAGUGAAGGCGAGAGAGAAGGUCUUGUAGAGACUCCUACAUCUGGUGCUGCCUCAAAUAAAACAUUAGCGACCGCGAGACAUGCACACAGGUCAACAGUAACCACGUUUGGAUCUGAUGGCUCAUCCUCUAUGUUCUCCUCCGGGCCCUUUUCGGGUCUUAUUGGAAUUGAGAAUGAUCCCUUGACGAGAACUUCUAUAAUAUCCGAAGAUCUACAAGAAGGUAGGUAAUGAAGUUGUCAAUUUUAUCUGGUGCUCGGUUGGCCUGAGAACCAGACAAACUCCCGCUACUAAUGGUAGUGACGAAGAUGACAUACUUGAUGCAGUAAGAACAGCUUCAAGGUUUUGAGACCGGACCUGAAGUCAGCAUCAUAUUAAUCUCUUCAAUUGGGGACCUGGACUUCUGCUUUCAUGCAUAAAGUCAAUCAACAUGCGCACCUUGAUGGCAACUGACCUGAGGUGAGAGGAAGCUGCUGAUCAUCUACAGAAAACAUUGAAGAUUGAACAAGAUUACGAAAGGGCGGAACUUCUUGUUUUAGUAUUGCAGCUGCCUUAACAACGAACGGUUUUUUGAAUCCUACAACUUGCUGCUGAAGUUUGCUGGUUAUCUCCCGCCCUUGUACUCAUUUCCCUUUUCUUCUGUCAAAACAUGAUAAAUAACUUUUUAAAAACGUUAAGCUAAGAAUUUAGCUCCAAAGGGAUGGGACAGGUGUCUUGUAGUGAAAUACCAGAAUAUUGAAUUUGUCCUCCUGUCUGCUACACUGAGCAUGACGGAGUAAUGGUGUGCUCCUGAUCCAGGCUGUGAGGCUGGGGAUAUUCUCAAGCGUUUCUGUUCACUCGCCUGAGAGGCUCAGGCUUGCAGGACUGCUUGGUGUAAAGUAUCUUGUAUCACAAUGUUGGUCUUCCGAAGAAUGCUUUCUCACAACAGUAGUAAGAUUUUUGCGCCAAGAGCUUACUGAUUCGAAACGCUGAGAUAGUUAGAAUUUUCCGAAAUGACCUCGUUUGUUCCAAUUGUGGCGAGGCGCAGCAAUUAUGAAAUCUCGCACUAAUUCCGAUUGUGAUUCGGUCAUGUAUGUGCACAACCUUUUCGAACCAAUAAAUGCAAUUUCAUUA